AUGGUCUUCGCCCUCAGGCAGCUGCAGGAAAAGUGCAUUGAACAGCGGCAAGACCUGUACCUGUUCUUCAUAGACCUGACCAAAGCCUUUGACACUGCCAGUAGACCCGGCCUUUGGUCCAUCCUCUCCAAACUAGGCUGCCCCCCAAAGUUUGUCAGAGCUGUACGGUCCUUCCACGACAGCAUGAUGGCCAGAGUGAUCGAGAACGGAGAUGUCUCUGAGCCCUUCCCUGUAACCAACGGACGGUCGGGCAACCUGCAGCCUCUGAAGACCCACACCAAAAUGCAUGAAGCUCUGGUCCGCGACUUCCUUUUUGUUGACGAUUGCGCGCUUGCUGCUCACUCUGAAGAAGACCUGCAAUGCCUAGCUGAUUGUUUCUCCGCCGCUGCGAAAGCCUUCGGGCUGACAAUCAGCAUAAAGAAGACAGAGGAGUUGUACCAGGCAGCCCCUGGUGCCAGCAGGCCAAAGCCAGUCAUCAGGAUUGACGGCACUCCACUCAAGAAUGUCGAGGAUUUGACCUACCUAGGAAAUCUCCUGGUGUGGCUUGAGCGCGGCAUCACACAGGGGACGAAAGUUGCAGUGUACAAAGCUGUAGUACUGUCAUCACUCCUGUACAGCUGCGAAACGUGGAACUGCUACCGCCGACACGUCAAGAAGCUGAACCAAUUUCAUCUCCGCUGCCUUCACAAACUCCUGGGUAUCCACUGGGAAGACUGUGUGACUAACCAGGAGGUCCUUUGCCGUGCUGCCCUGCCUGGCAUCGAGGCCCUGAUCAUACAGGCUCAGUUGAGGUGGCCAGGCCACGUGAUGCGAAUGGAAGACAGCCGUCUUCCAAAAAGCUCUUCUGCUCUGAGCUGGCCAGAGGCACAAGGAAAGAGGGAGGCCAGAUCAAGCGCUACAAAGACUCCCUCAAGCAGUCCUUGCGGGCCUGCAACAUCUCCAUCAUAG